AGGUCGGGGUCGCCGUACCGGGCGUGUGGCAGCCAAUGGGAGCCUGGUUCCUUGCUCCGUGGAGGUGUGGGUCGGCUAGGGUGGUUGCGAGAGAUGAGAGCUUCCCAACCGUGGAGAGCCCCGGCAGUAGCCAUAGCGGGGAGGGCUGGCGUUUCUCCAGAGCCUCCUCCGGGGCCAGGAAGAUGCUACAGUGCCUGACUUCGGAAAGUGAGGAAGGGGGCGAAGAGAGGGAGGAGGGUUCUACAGAAGAUCUAGAAGAGCUAGAAGAAUUUGUCACCCUGGCUUUUGUGAAAGAGAACACACAAAAGAGGCUUCAGAACGCCCCGCAGCAUGGCAAGAAGAAGAGGAAGAAAAAAAGAUUGGUGAUUAAUCUAUCCAACUGCCGCUACGACAGUGUGCGCAGGGCAGCCCAGCAGUAUGGCCUUCGAGAGGCGGGAGACAAUGACGACUGGACUCUCUACUGGACGGACUUCUCAGUGUCGCUGGAACGAGUGAUGGAAAUGAAGAGUUACCAGAAAAUCAAUCAUUUUCCUGGGAUGAGCGAGAUCUGCCGCAAGGACUUGCUGGCCCGGAAUAUGAGCCGGAUGCUAAAGCUGUUUCCUAAAGACUUCCAUUUUUUCCCUAGGACGUGGUGUCUUCCCGCUGACUGGGGAGAUUUGCAGACUUACAGCAGGUCAAGAAAAAAUAAGACGUACAUUUGUAAGCCGGACUCAGGCUGCCAAGGGAAAGGCAUAUUCAUCACCCGGACCGUGAAAGAAAUCAAGCCGGGGGAGGAUAUGAUCUGUCAGCUUUAUAUUUCAAAGCCCUUUAUCAUCGACGGGUUCAAGUUUGACCUGCGGGUUUACGUGCUGGUGACCUCCUGUGACCCUCUCCGGGUCUUUGUGUACAAUGAAGGACUGGCUCGCUUUGCCACCACCUCUUACUCCCACCCCUGCACAGACAACCUGGAUGAGAUCUGCAUGCACCUAACUAAUUAUUCCAUCAAUAAGCACAGUUCCAACUUCAUUCAAGAUGCUCAUUCUGGCAGCAAGAGGAAACUCUCCACCUUCAACUCGUACAUGAAGUUGCAUGGCUAUGAUGUGGAGCAGAUUUGGAGGGCCAUUGAGGACGUCAUCAUCAAGACACUCAUCUCGGCUCACCCGGUCAUCAAACACAACUACCAUACCUGCUUCCCCAGCCACACGCUCAUCAGCGCCUGCUUUGAAAUUCUCGGGUUUGACAUCUUGUUGGACCGCAAACUCAAACCCUGGCUGCUCGAGGUCAACCAUUCUCCAAGCUUCUCCACUGACUCCAAGUUGGAUAAAGAGGUGAAAGACAGUCUGCUCUACGAUGCCUUGGUCCUCGUCAACCUGGGGAGCUGUGACAAAAAGAAAGUCUUGGAGGAAGAGAGACAGCGGGGACGGCUCUUACAGCAGUGUCCCUCUCGGGAGAUCAGGAUGGAAGAGGUCAAGGGUUUCCAGGCAGCGCGGUUACAGAAAACGGAGGAAUAUGAGAAGAAACACUGUGGUGGGUUCCGGCUCAUCUACCCUGGUCUGAAUUUGGAGAAGUAUGAGAAGUUUUUCCAGGACAAUAGCUCCCUCUUCCAGAAUACUAUUGCUUCCAGAGCCCGAGAGCUGUAUGCCCGGCAGCUGAUCCAGGAGCUGAGGCAAAAACAGGACAAAAAACCGUUCCUAAAGAAAGAGAAGAGGGCGGAGAUGCAGGGCGAGUCUCCGGGUGAGCAGGCGAGAGACAAGACUGUGAGAACCUGGCAGGAGACACGGCAACAGAAGUGCAAGACAGCCACCCAUCCCCCAAAACAAUGCUACCACCCAGUGACUUUAGUAUCCUGCACGCCCGGCUUGUUCUUGAACAUCAGAGGCAUAAGGAAAAACGAAACUGCCGGAAGCCUCCCUCAGAAAGGCUCCAAGAAGGAGGCCAGCCUCGCCCCCUGCAAGCCCAUGUCCGCAAGGCACUACAGUUCUGUCCCUGACCUGAGGAGUUCAAAUCCCAACUGCUUGGGGACAGAGUUCCGCAAGUCCAAUACCAAAGUCAAGGAAGUGAAGUCAGCCUUUGCGAUGAACAUAAUCAGCAACACCCUGCCCUUAACAUCUGUGGAAACUUCCCCAGAACCCACAUCCCGGCUCUCGACUUCUCUCGAAUCCCUGGCAAGCCUGAGUCUAACCAGCAGCCCUGAGUGCAGCAGCCCUGAGAGUGUCCAUAUGCUCUAUAAGUACAAGCAGCAGCAGGUCUUCCACAAGCUGACCCAGGAGAAAAGUUCCAAACUUGCCACGUCUUCCAAACCCAGGAGUUUGGACCAGAGGUGGACCUUGCUAAAGAAUGAAGUGAGGAGGCAGCAUCUGAUGUCAGAGAUAAUGCAGAAGGUUCAGAUGAAGAAGAAGCGCUGCUUGUUUCCGGCUCCCAAGUCACAAAACCCGUCCUUACCCAAGGACUGCUGCCUCCACAACCACAGCUUUGGCAGGAAGAGAGAGAUGGAUGUAUCCUCCGUCCUCCCCAUGCAGGGUUCUCACAGCCAUACUGAACCUCUGAAUGACCUUCUGGUAGUUGCCACUCAGGCCCGUCUGGACCCUCGGCCUAGCAGAAACCAUUCCAUUACUACAAAGGACCCAGAUACUACAAGGGACCCGGGUACUACAAGGGACCCAAAGCACACUGCCAUUGCCUGAUCUCUGGUCAGAGGAUAUGAGAGCU